AUGCUGAUGGAGCUUGUGCUGCGCUCUUCCCUCACGGCGCUUCUCUACAGCUCUCAGGUCAUGGGCUCCAUGCUGGACGAUCUGAUCUAUAAACGCGGGGAAUAUCAGGAGAACUGCACACGGUUCCUGAAAGCCACUUUGCCGACUGGAACUGGAAUCUUCUGCAACGGGACAUUUGACGUGUUUGCGUGCUGGCCUCACUCAUCUCCCGGGAUCGUGUCCGUCCCCUGUCCUCCGUAUCUCCCGUGGAUCCGAGAAGGAGCGGCUGGAAGCGUGUAUAAGGAAUGCAUGAUCACCGGCGCCUGGAAAACUGAGGAGAACUCCAGCAGCGUCUGGAGAAACCAGUCCGAGUGCGAAAACCAUUAUUUUUUCAAGUCUGAGGAGGAGGAGGUGUUUCGGCAGUCUGUGCUGCGAGUCUUGUCCAUCGUCGGAUACUCGCUGUCGUUCUCUUCUCUCUGCUUGGCUGUUCUGAUCAUGAGUCUCCUGAGGAAGCUUCACUGUACGAGGAACUACAUCCACAUGAAUCUCUUUGUAUCGUUCAUAUUUAGAGCGACAGCCGUAAUUACCAAAGAGGUUAUAUUACAAGUCACGUAUACCAACCUUCCCAGGGAUGAACUGGGAUGGAACAGCUACACAAAAUCUGCGAUUUCUUUCCUCUGCAAGGCCUCAAAGGUGUCGCUGGAAUAUUUUGUGGGCUGUAAUUACUUCUGGCUUCUAGUGGAGGCGAUCUUCCUGCACACGCUCCUGUUCACGGCGGUGCUGACCCGCAAGAGGCUCCUGAAGAAGUACAUGCUCAUCGGAUGGGGAACUCCAUUAUUGUUCGUGAUUCCCUGGACCGUAACCAAAACUUUGUAUGAAAAUAAAAGCUGUUGGUUAAAUAAUAUCCGAUGGAUCUGGUGGAUAAUCAGAGGCCCGAUAACACUGUCAGUGAUCGUCAUUUUCUGCAUUUUCCUCAAAAUCAUCCGACUUUUGCUGUCCAAGUUAAAGGCCGACCAGGUGAAGUUCACGGACUACCGUUACAGUUUAGCCAGAGCAACGCUCGUGUUGAUUCCUCUGCUCGGGAUCCACGAGAUCGUCUUCACCAUCAUCAUCGACGAAUCAGUGGAAGGAAGCAACCGAUACGCUCGAAACUUCGUCCAUCUGACCCUGAGCUCGUUCCAGGGGCUGCUGGUUGCAGUGCUGUACUGCUUCGCAAACGGAGAGGUCCAGGCUGAGCUGAGGAAGCGCUGGCAGCUGUUCCUGUCUUCCAAUCACUGCGAGGUCCACAACUGCUUCGCGGACAUCCACCCCAAACACCUGUGGAAGUGUUCGCAAAAGAGUUCAGGACUAAACCAAGAGCAGAGCCAAUCCAACGAGGACAGAGGCCACGCCCCCUCACAGGUGCAUCCACAGUUGACCGACCAAUCAGCAGAGGACCUGGCCUGUGGGCGGAGCUUAGGCCUGGAGUUCUACAUGAGGAAGAGUUUGUCCAGCAGCGACGGGGAAAUGACUUUAGGAGAGACUAUGGAGGAGAUCAUCGAGGAGAGCGAGUUCUGAGACUCGUUUUUAUAUAAAUAUGUAAUUAGGGAUGUAUAUUUCCAAUCUUUAAACCACUGUAAAUUAUUCAAGGUUGUUUACGCCACAGAAUAAAAAAAAGUAAUUGU